AUGCGCUCUUCGGUAUCUUUCUUGCGCUCUUGCGCCCGUACAGCUGCGCCUCGAGCAGCAUGGGUUCAACCUGCAGAGUACAUUCCAGCGGCCUCAAAACGCUUUGUUCACACACCGCGAACAUCAACUGUCACACGUCCCUCGCCUAUCAUCUUAAGGGCCGGACUUCCUUCUCUGGCACGAUUCGAAUCUAGUUCAGCAACAUUGCCGCAAAAGAACACAUCGACUCAGGCGCCCGAAACGCGACUCGACCGCGAGCAGGUGCCCUCAUAUGAGCUCACAUUCACGUGCAAUGUUUGCAAGACUCGGUCAUCGCAUCGACUGUCUAAGCAAGGCUAUCACAAGGGCACCAUCCUGAUCGCAUGUCCUGAUUGUAAAAACAGGCAUUUGAUCAGCGACCACCUCAAGAUCUUCUCAGACAAGUCUGUUACAAUCGAGGACCUGAUGAAAGAAAAGGGCAAUCUCGUCAAGCGUGGCUCACUAAGCGCAGAAGGCGAUGUCGAGUUUUGGGACGAUGGCUCAUCUACACCACGCUCCGCACACUUCCAUACCGAAUCGUCACCCAAGGGCGAGGAGCGCUUGACCGAUAAGAACCAGACAUCAUCGCAGACCCCAAAAGAGUAA